CCAACGACACCGAGCGACUGGAGCGAGAUAUUGAUGAUCUGGAGACUAAGAACCGUGAAAUAAAGCUGCAGCUGCGUGAAAGACGUGCUCCUCGCGAAUAUCCAGCCUUUCAUCCGGGACCGAUCCUGCCGUCCACCGGGAAAGGCAAAGCCAGGGACGUUGAUAUAUCUGAUGACUCCGUCAUGGCUCAAAUUAUGCAGGCAACGCUCAACGAUGAGGAUAGUCUACUGUCUGCUGAGCGUGUGAGGCUGUCAAGCAUGGUCCCAGCUACUUUCGCCUGUGGCGUCUGUAUGGACGAUCUUGAAGAAGACUAUGUUGCUCGUGUCGACAGUUGCAAACAUUGUCUUUGCCGCGACUGUCUACGAGGCUACAUUCGCUCGAAACUACAAGAGCACCGUUAUCCUAUUCUAUGCCCUGUGUGCACGGCCGAAACGAACCGAAGUGACGCCGUCGGUGUCGUGUCAGAGAAUAUUAUUCGUGAUAUAGGAGUGUCAGACGAAGAGUAUGCCGUGUUCGAAGAAAUGCAAAUGUCGAACUUCUCGAUUAUACUUCAUUGUCGUCUAUGCAAGAAUUCGGUUUUUGUCGACCGAGAAGAAUAUCAAGAGAGUCGUAUACUCACAUGCCCCCUACCAGGAUGUCUUCAUGCUUGGUGCAAAAACUGCCAACAGCAAAUCGAUAUGGCCGGUCCUCCCCACUCGUGCGAUGGUUCCUCGGAACUUGAGCAUCUCAUGCGCGAGCGUGGAUGGAAGCACUGCCCAGGCUGCCAGACGCCUAUACAGAAAGCAUCAGGAUGUAACCAUAUGACGUGUUUAUCUCCGGGAUGUAAUACACAUUUCUGCUACGUUUGUGGUGGGAUGAUCGUUCAAUCUGCUCUUCGAAGAGAGGUCGAGCGAUCCGUUACAGAGCAUUAUCGACGAUGCCAGUUGUUCGAAGUACCGAACUAG